AUGGAGCGGUUCCUACGGCCCGAGCAGUUUGUUACUGACCCAAACUCCACCAAUACCUCUCAAAAAUGGCGUCACUGGCUCAAAACCUUCAACAACUUCUCUCUAGCUGUUCAACAAACUACUCCCACCGUGGACAUGCUGGGUCUCCUGAUAAACUACGAUGCUCCACGUGUGUUCGACUACAUAGCUGACUGUACUACGUAUGACGCGGCUGAAAAAUCCCUAACAGAACUGUUUGUGAAGCCCAAGAAUAAAGUAUUCGCAAAGUAUGUGGUUGCAACACGACGCCAAAACUUGUCAGCCUUUGACCAGACUCAUCCUCAAGAAACGGUACAGAAACUUUCUGCCUCUUAUGCUCAGCCAGGGGCUACAAACGCUGCCAUGACACUCUCAUUAGACCUGGAGGACUCAGGAGGACAAGAAAGUGUAGACAAAAAAGUAGACCAAGUUUCUGCAGCUACAACUAGUGGUUUAAAGUGCUUCUUGUGUGAUCACACUCGACAUCCUCACAGUCGAUGUCCAGCUAGAGAGGCUGUGUGUAUGAAGUGCAAGAAAAAGGGUCAUUAUGCUAAGGUCUGCCGAUCUCUGAAACAGACUAACAGCGCUUCAAACACCCAACAUUCCGCUGCUAUGCUCACUACUUUAGCUGGGACUUCACCCUCAUGUCUCAAUAAAUCAGUUCUUACCUCUAAGAUCAAUGUUAUUCCAGUCAGUGCUCUGAUUGACACUGGCAGCUCUGAGAACGUUAUUCAUAAGAAUAUUGCCGAGCAGACUGGGUUACUCGUCUACCCUGACACUGGGGCAGUUUCUAUGGCUAAUGUAUCGUUCUCUUCAAAAUUCCUGGGUCAGUGUUCUGUAGACUUGUAG